AUGACUGCCAGGCAUCCCUCUUGCGAGCCUCCGCCGCCCUUCGUGCGAGUCAUCUCACUGGGCUCUAACUGUUUGACUGCAAUGUGGCUGCAGCACAAUGGCUGGAGAAAGUCUGCAAUGCCCUUUGACUGGGUGUUCUCAUCUCCUGCUAUGGUCAGGGACUGCCUGCAUGAUGACUUUCGCAGCUUCUUGGAUCCUCGCGAGUACCGGCCCUUGGGCAAGCGAGGUGCGGGCGCCGGCCACGCGCGUUACUCGGAGCUGCGGCUGCCUGGUCGCUGGCCAUCCUUCACGUUCCUGCACCACGAUCCAUCGCGGAAGCGACAGGACCAUGACUACCUGCAUCGCUGUGUUCAGAGAUUUCGCCGCGCAGCACGGUCAUCUGGGCGGAAGCUUUUCGUCACGUGCUGCUUGGUGGAUUCCAAGGCGAACCUGGAGAGUGUGAGGAAUGCAUCGCCUGCCUCCAACCCAACGCCAACAGCACCAACAGAUGGGUCUGUCUGUGACGGGAGAUUGGGAGCCAAAGCAAGUUUUUCAUAUUUUUCACCACAUGAACUUUGCAGACUGUGCGAUGGCCUCGUGAAUUUUGGGGUUUCGGAUUUUAAGUUGGUGGGCAUCGUUCUCUGCAUUCGAUCAGCAUCUGCAGCAAUGCAUGUUUCAAAGACAGUACGUGUGCCUAUGGACAUGUCAGCCCCAUCUUUGCCUGGGGCAGACUCAGAAAUGUUUGAGGUCCACUUGCCCACAGGUGCAGCAGAAGAUAUCGACCCUUUCAAGUUUUUCGAGGACCAAACCCAAAAUGCAGUUUUCGCUCAAGCGGUGCUGGGCAGGGCUGAAGUAUGUUGUGAGAAAGAUGAGCUUGUUUGUGAUGGUUAUGUACCAGAUGGCUACCGGGACACUGCCGAAACAAGCUCUGCCCAACAGAGUGACAGCAUCCUCCUUUGUCGCUGGUGCAACUCGAAGUUCGAGAGCCGCAACAGGCUCUUCAUGCACCUGCGAAGUUCAAGCGAGUGCAUUCAGCGCGUUUCGGAGGUCGACUCCGCGGGACUUGCGUCGAUCUCGCAGAGGUCUGGCAAGGCUCAGCCUUACGCCUUCCUCUUGGGGAGCCUGUCUGGCACGAACAGGCUGUCAAGUGUUGUGGAGGGCUGGAUAGAGGCUCUGACUUCAUUGGGUGCACUGCAAGUUGACGUUCAUGAUCUCGGAGAUUUCUCGUGCCCUGCCGUCGGAAGAGUGUUGCUUGCCAGUUUCUCAUGUGCGUUUGCUGGAGAUGCCUUGCGGCAACGACUAUUGGCCAGGUUGCAGGAAAUGCCACAUACGAUGCUGCAUUCAAUCGUGCAGCUGAAGAAAUCGCAACUUAUUGACCUACAGAGCAGUGUGAUGCAGCGGCAUUUCGCAUACCUCUUGGAUGUUGUUGCCCUCACGAGCGGAAGCGACACAUGUUGCAACGACUUCGAGGAGUUGCGACCGAAACUGAAACGGCUGAAGGAGGCCAUGCAGGAAAUUAAGCUGCUCCGGAGAGAGACUUCAGGCGAAGGCUCCGCAGGAGAUGAGGAAAUGAAGAUGGUCCAAAGGCUGUGUGUGAAUGGAAAGCUGUAUGUUGUUGUACGUAUUUCAGGAGAUGCGUCUCUGUCCGAGGAUGCCUGCUGCGUGUAUAUGGCAGUUGCUUUGGCAUCUUUCCAUGGAUGGCUCCGGCAUUUGUCAGGCAAUGCUUUCCGCGACAUUUCCGGAUUGCCCUCAGAUUUUCUGUAUUUCGAGGGCUACCGUUUCAUGCAGCACGAGAAGCGAAACGGGCCUUCAUUUGGAAGGAGCUGCCUGCCAUGGUCUUCGGACAAUUCUGGCGGCAUCGUAGAAUGGAGGGCAAGGUUGCAAGAGCAUCUGACGAAGUCUUCCACGGUAGACUGGCAGCAGGUUUUAGAAGAGCUUCGGACCGCAACACUCAAAUUACCAGACGCGGGAGGAAAGGGUGCUGCCCGGUGGCCGACGUCGGAUGGCAAGUCUACAUUUCGUGUUCCCGAUCACGUUGAGCUUGUAAAGAAGGUUGGUUCUGGGGCGUAUGGCUGCGUGGCCUCGUUCCAGGACAAGAAAACAGGCGAGAAGUUUGCCGUUAAGAAGGUCACGAACGCAUUCAAUGAUUUGGUCGAUGGCAAAAGAAUACUGCGUGAGGUGAAGCUUCUGAGGCAGCUCGAUCACGACAAUAUCAUUCGAAUCAUGGACAUGUAUCCUCCACCCGGUCCGGACUUCGAGGAUAUCUACAUCGUCACAGACCUCAUGGAGACAGAUCUCCACAGAGUGAUUUAUUCCAAGCAGCCUUUGACAGAGGAGCAUCACCAGUACUUUAUGCAUCAAAUACUCCGUGGCCUGGCAUACCUUCACAGCGCCCACAUAGUGCAUCGUGAUAUCAAGCCCUCGAAUCUUUUGGUCAACAAGAACUGCGACCUGAAGAUUUGUGACUUCGGCCUGGCACGUGUUUUGGCCACGGAUGCGGAGGACUCCAUGGGGCGCACGGACUACGUGGUUACCCGCUGGUACCGCGCGCCUGAGGUCAUGUUGGUGUCCUCUGACUACACAGUCGCCAUUGAUGUUUGGGCUGUGGGCUGCAUCCUUUUCGAGCUGAUCUCGCGUAAACCCUUAUUUGCAGGCAAGGAUCACGUCGAUCAGCUGCGGAAGAUCAUCAGUACCCUGGGCACACCAUCAGAGGCUGAAAAGCAUUGGUUACCGGAAGAGGGGACAGCUCGCUCGUUCCUGCUAAAAUGCGCUCCCGCACCGAAGGUAGAGUGGAAGAGCUUGCUUCCCACAGCCAGCGACGAUGCAGUAGAGGUUGUUUCCAAGACCGUGACCUUCGAUCCUACUGCGCGCAUUAGUGUUCCUGGCACGCUGAGACUCAAGUAUUUGGAUCAUCUGUUCGAUGAGGAGGACAUGGUUCUGGACACUUGCAACACUAAGAUCGACUGGUCCUUCGACAAUUUCGAGCCAACCAAGCAGCUCCUCCAAAGCUACAUCUACUGCGAGCUGGCAAGCUUUCACCCAGAGAUUGUUGAACGGGACAAGGAUCUGCUUGCAGCUCGUGGUAUCGACAAGCUGCUGGAAGUUCCCAAGGCUGAGAAGAAGUCACUGUGA